GAUGGCGCUGUGGGCCCUGAACGCACCACUCACUGUCUCUCACUCCACGUUUGUUUUUAGCGUCACCGCAGGAAGUUCGGUUUCAAAACACUGAACAACAGGCAGAAGAGCAGCUGCUGUACAUCACAAAGACUUACUUUACAUUCAGCUAACAGUAAUUCUUGGCAGUAAGUGGCAGUUUGGUGAUUUCAUUAUCUUGUGGACCUUUAGCUGUUUCCAAAAUGGCGGGACCGCGGCUGGAGUUUGAGACCGAGAUGUUCCUGAGCCUCUUCGGCUGUGACGGGCUGCUGGUGGUGGCUGAGGGGAUGGGGGUCGACCGCAUCCUGCUGCAGUUCAUGCGGGUUUACUCGGAGCAGGGCAGCCUGGUCCUCCUGCUCAACACAACCACACCUGAACAGGAGUAUUUCACGGAGCAGUUGAGAGUGGAGGGAGUCACCCACCUGCCGAGGACGGUCACCAGUGAUGUCCAGAGCGCUGAGCGUUAUAAUGUUUACACUGAGGGAGGGGUGCUGUUUGUCACCAGCAGAAUCCUGGUGGUGGACUUCCUCACUGACCGCAUCCCUGCUCAUCUUAUAUCAGGUAUCCUGGUGUAUCGCGCCCAUAAAAUAAUUGAGUCCUGCCAAGAAGCCUUCAUCCUUUGUCUGUUCAGACAGAAGAACAAGACGGGCUUCAUUAAGGCCUUCACUGACAAGGCCACAGCUUUCUCCUCAGGCUUCUGCCAAGUAGAGCGUGUGAUGAGAAACCUCUUCGUCAAGAAGCUGUACUUGUGGCCCAGUUCUGUUUGUUUCACUCCCAUCCAGACUAUCCGUCACUACCUGGACCCCCUGUGGCAUCAGCUAGGAGCAAAGACCAAGGCUCUGGUUCAGGACCUGAAGGUGCUGAGGGUCCUCCUGCUCUACCUCACCCAGUACGACUGUGUCACCUUCUUCAAUUUGCUCGAGUCUCUGCGCUCCAGCCAGAAGAACUUUGGCUCCAAUUCAGGUUGGCUGUUCCUGGACUCCAGUACCUCCAUGUUUGUGAACGCUAGGAGCAGAGUGUACCGUGUUCCUGAGAGCAAAAAGAAACUCAAAGUUGGAGCAGAAGCUGAGAAACAGAAGCCAGGGUGUAUUUCCUCAUCUAUGGAGGCUUAACAGAAGAACAGAAGUACUGCACUGUCUAAGGAAAAGAAAGCGUUUGAACAUCUCAUUAGGGAAAAUGCUACUAUGGUCAUUCCAGAGGAGAGAGAAGGAUGAGAAGACACCAACCUAGAUCUUGCUAGAAACUUAGAACCUGCCAAUGCCACUGCCAACACCUGCAAAGCAGGUAUGCCUAUUUAAUUCAGUUUCUAAAUGUCUGUAUGGGUCAUUCCACCUCAAUUUACCAAUUUAAAAGAAAAGUUCACAUCUGACCAUCUUCAAUUUGACUGAUUUUUUGUUAAGUGGUGGGUUGAGUUGACCAUAUGUACAAUCCAGGCUCACAGGUAACAUUAAUUUUUGAGUUUAUGCCAGAUUUAUUUUUACAGAUGAUUUUCUGCAGUAUUUAAAGAAAAAAUUGUAUAAAUAAGUCUUGUAACAACACAACUGUUGCUGUAAUACCUUGUUGAUAACCUAUAAAGGAGGUGAAUGUUCUACGUCAUAGUAUAUACUGCAGAAAAAUGUAAUUCCAUGUUUUUUUGUACACAAGACAGUGUAACUUUGUCAUCCCCACUGUCAACAGUAUGUUUGCCUAUGUUUUCCAUGUAUAAUUUUGCAGGAUACUAGCCUCAAUUUUUCAAUUAGUCAAGCAAUUUGGUAUAAUAUAUAAUACUGUAGGGUCCAAAUCCUAACAUUUGGAUUAGUCUGGUAAGUUAAUAUAAAAAUAACAUUGUCAUCUUUAAUAAAGGUAUUAAAAUUAAAAGAAAAUGAAAACAGAAUUAUUAUUUAAAUAUACUGAACCCAAACCCCAGAAGGCCAGUAAAUGAAGCUGUUCAGACAAAACCUAAUGAUAUAAAAAACAAAAAAUACAAAAUAUGUGUACUUAUGUAUAUGAAUAUAUAUGUUGAGAUGUGUGAUUUGUUUGUUUAUUUAUUUUAUAUAUGUCUUUCUUUUUUUUUCUGAUUAUGUUUUAUAUUAUGAAUGGAAUGAAGUGGAACUAGUAAAUAUAUGGAAAUGGUGGAAUGAUGACUAUCAAUGCUGAUUAUGAUUAUGUGAAUAUAGCUAACAUUACCGAAUUAAAAUGUAAGGAAUAAUUGUAUCUUCAAUUACUGGGGAGUGGACUCGAUAAGUUCUUUGAAGUUAUAUUUCGCUCCCUUUGAGAAACAAUGUAUUGAUUUUCCUCAGAAUUGCUUUAUAUGCUUAUGUUUAUGUUUAACUCAAUAAAGAAUUGUAUUGUA